CAAGGCCCCCAGGGUCGGUGCUGGGCGCUGCCAUGGCGGCGGGGCUGCUGGCACCGCUGCUGCUUCUGCUCCUGCCGCUGGCGGCCGCCGUCUAUGAGGACCAAGUGGGCAAGUUCGACUGGAGGCAGCAGUACGUGGGGAAGCUCAAGUUCGCCUCCUUGGAGGCCUCCCAAGGUUCAAAGAAGCUCCUUGUGGCCACCGAGAAGAAUGUCGUGGCCGCUCUGAACUCCAGGAGCGGUGAAAUCCUCUGGCGCCACGUGGACAAGGGAACCCCUGAAGGAGCAGUUGAUGCAAUGCUGAUCCAUGGGCAGGAUGCUAUCACUGUGUCCAGUGCUGGGCGAAUUCUGCGUUCCUGGGAGACCAACAUUGGAGGCUUGAACUGGGAAACCUCCCUGGACACUGGCAGUUUCCAGGCUGCUGGUUUGGUGGGGCUGCAGGAGACAGUGAAAUAUGUGGCAGUUCUGAAGAAGGCAGCCAUCUCACUGCACUACCUUUCUAAUGGGCACCAGAAAUGGGUGGAACACUUACCAGAAAGUGAGAGCACUCAGUACCAGAUGCUGUAUUCCCAUGGGACUGGAGUGAUCCACGUGCUUGGAAUCGUUCCCCAGAGCCACUUGAAUGUUUUAUCCUUCAACAUAGAAGAUGGAGAGAUGACAAAACAGACUCAAGUGGCAGCCCCGUGGCUGAAGAGCUUAAUCAGGGCCUGCAGCAUGGUGGGGGAGGCAGUGCUGGUGUGUGUGGACAUGGGCACACACUCACUCUACGUCUGCUCCUUGGAGACAGAGCAGGAGAUGAAGCAGAUCCCACUGCAGUCACUUGACCUGGAGUUUGCUGAUGGCUUCCAGCCCAGGAUAUUGGCCACUCAACCCAGUGUGAUCAGUGCUUCCCGGGCUCAGUUCUUCCUGCAGCUCUCUCCAAGCCACUUCUCUCUGCUGCAGUACAAACAUGGGCUGCUCAGCCACCUUCGGGACUUCCAGCAGGCAGCUCUGGUGAGUUUUGCAACAACUGGGGAGAAAACUGUAUCUGCUGUCCUGACCUGCAGGAAUGAACUGAAACCUGGAAUUUCUGAAGGUCUUCAUGCUGGCAGUACCCUGGGGGAUUCCCGAAGGCAGGACUCCUUAACCUGUUCCAAUCAAACCUACAAUAUUAAUCUCUACCUUGUUGAAACUGGACAACGAUUGUUGGAUACCACAAUUACCUUUACCCUGGAGCAGAGUGGGACCAAGCCCCAGCAGCUGUACAUCCAGGUUUUCCUGAAGAAGGAUGACUCUGUGGGCUAUCGAGCCUUGGUGCAAACAGAAGACCACAUGCUGAUGUUCCUCCAGCAGCCAGGAAAAGUUGUGUGGAGUAGAGAGGAGUCACUGGCAGAAGUGGUGAGCUUGGAGAUGGUGGAUUUACCUCUGACAGGUGCACAGGCUGAGUUGGAGGGAGAAUUUGGAAAGAAAGCAGCCAUUCAAGAUGGUUUGCUGGGGAUGUUUCUCAAGAGGCUGUCCUCCCAGCUCAUCCUGCUGCAAGCCUGGACUGCCCAUCUUUGGAAGAUGUUCUAUGAUGCCAGGAAACCCCGGAGCCAGAUUAAAAAUGAGAUUAACAUUGACAAUUUGGCCAGAGAUGAAUUCAACCUCCAGAAAAUGAUGGUGAUGGUCACUGCAUCAGGAAAGCUUUUUGGUAUUGAAAGCAGUUCUGGCACCAUCCUGUGGAAGCAAUAUCUCAGGAAUGUGAGACCAGGCUCCUCCUUUAAGCUGAUGGUCCAAAGAACAACAGCUCAUUUCCCACACCCUCCACAGUGCACCUUGCUUGUGAAGGACAGGGAAACCAAAAUGAGCUUUCUAUAUGUCUUUAACCCCAUCUUUGGGAAGAGAAGCCAAGUAGCUCCCCCUGUUUUGAAGCAUCCCAUUCUUCAGACUUUGCUUCUGCCUAUUAUGGAUCAAGACUAUGCCAAAGUACUGCUGCUGAUUGAUGAUGAGUACAAGGUUACAGCUUUCCCAGCAACUAAAAAUGUCCUUCGUCAGUUAGAAGAAAUAGCCCAUUCUGUCUUUUUUUAUCUAGUGGAUGCUGAGCAGGGAAUACUCUCUGGAUUCAGGCUGAAAAAGGACCUGACAACAGAGAAGAGUUGGGAAGUGGUCAUUCCCACUGAAGUGCAGAGGAUAGUGACUGUGAAAGGGAAGAGGUCCAGUGAGCAUGUGCACUCCCAGGGCCGUGUGAUGGGUGACCGCAGUGUCCUCUAUAAGUCCUUGAAUCCAAACCUGCUUGCUGUAGUGACAGAGAGCACAGACACCCAUCACGAGCGCACUUUUAUUGGGAUAUAUCUGAUUGAUGGAGUCACAGGCAGGAUCAUCCACUCCUCAGUACAGAAGAAAGCAAAGGGACCUGUCCACAUUGUCCAUUCAGAGAACUGGGUGGUGUACCAGUACUGGAACACGAAGGCACGUCGGAACGAGUUCACAGUGCUGGAGCUGUAUGAGGGGACAGAGCAGUACAAUGCCACAGCCUUCAGCUCCCUGGACCGCCCGAUUUUACCUCAGGUGCUGCAGCAAUCAUACAUCUUCCCCUCUGCCAUCAGUGCCAUGGAAGCCACCAUCACCGAGCGGGGCAUCACCAGCAGGCACCUGCUCAUUGGGCUUCCUUCUGGGGCCAUCCUCUCCCUUCCUAAGGCUCUGCUGGAUCCUCGUCGCCCAGAGAUCCCAACAGAACAAAGCAGAGAAGAGAACCUGAUCCCAUACUCCCCUGAUGUCCAGAUCCAUGCUGAGAGGUUUAUCAACUAUAAUCAAACCAUCUCCCGGAUGAGAGGGAUUUAUACAGCUCCCUCUGGUCUGGAGUCCACUUGUUUGGUUGUUGCAUAUGGCCUGGACAUCUACCAGACCCGAGUGUACCCAUCGAAGCAGUUUGAUGUCUUGAAAGAUGACUAUGACUACGUGCUGAUAAGCAGCGUGCUCUUUGGGCUGGUUUUUGCCACAAUGAUCACCAAAAGACUUGCUCAGGUGAAGCUGCUGAACCGUGCCUGGCGGUGAGGCUAAGCCUGGAGAAGGUACCUGAGAUCUGGAUCUGCUGAAGGUCUGUCACUCCACCUUUGCUGCUGCCUGCACUCAGAAAUUCCACCUUGUGUGACUGAUGGGUGCCAAAAAAAAAAAAAAAAAAAAAAUCUUUUUGCUGGAAGAUAUUUGUGCUGCUAGCACAUGCUGCCUACAUGUGUCCCAGUGAGAAGACACAGAAGAGAGAUGGAAAAGAGACUUUGGUCUGUCAGGGCUAAAAAAAACACUCCCAAACCUCUGUGAAAUCACCUCAUCUCCUCAAUGUUAAAGAUAGCACAGGGGGUGGGUGUCCCCUGGAUCCUGGCCUCCUCUUCCUCCUGGGCUCGGGCUGUGACUGAUGUGCUGGUGAGGGGGCUGUUGGCUGCUGCUUUGGGAAGGUUAAAAUUGGGUGGAUUUGGGUGGGAAAUGCUUUUGUUGGGUCACGGGGCUGGGGGAGGAAUUUGAAUGCAAACCCUCACCACGCUCUUUAUUUAUUAUGACAAGACUGUCAGUCCUUUCCUAUUGUUUUAUUAAAAAGUAUCGUAUGUGGUGUACAGGACCAGGACGGGGGCGGUUCCGCAGCUCAGAACUUCCCCCCCCCCCCCCCCAAGUUCCCUCAGGGGUAGCAGCAGUUCACUGGCUACGGCCGUUCAGCCCCUCAGGAGUUUCGCAGCGAGGUGUAACCCCCACGCCCCCCGCCUCCCCAGUCUCCAGAUCGCUUCAAUAAAACCCGGGUGCUGAGGCGCAGGAA